CUGGAGCUGAUGCUCAUGUGUAUUAUUCAGUGUGAAUCACAGCAUGAGUGCGGCGCGUCAGCGGCAGAGGAUCUCCAGCAGGAGACUGUAGCCCCGCCUCUGCAGCCCCAUCUGUAUUUAUAGCUUAUUGCAACAGCAGCAUUCAGUCAGUCAGUCAGUCAGUGAGUGAGUGAGUGAGUAACUCUAUAGUGUAAGAUCAUCAGCGGGUCUCCCAGCUCUCUCUCUCUCUCCGCAUCCAGACCGGACCAGCAUGACGGAGACUGCGUCAGACCCCGCUCCAGGCGCCGCGGAGGAGCCAGAGGCGAAGCGGGAGAACGGCGACUGCGCAGCGGACGCGCCGCGGCAGCUGGACCCCCCGGAGGGCGGCUGGGGCUGGGUGGUGAUGCUGGCCUCGAUGUGGUGCAACGGAUCGGUGUUCGGUAUCCAGAACGCGUUCGGUAUCCUGUUCGUGUCUCUGCUGCAGGAGUUCGGCUCCGAGACCGACGAAGACCUCCGCUUCAAAACAGCAUGGGUCGGCUCUCUCUCGAUGGGCAUGAUCUUCUUCUGCUCGCCGAUCGUCAGUGUGUUCACCGAUCUGUUCGGCUGCCGGAUUACAGCAGUUGCAGGGGCAGCGGUGGCAUUUGUGGGACUUCUGGCCAGUUCCUUUGUCACGUCUCUCGGGCCGUUGUACUUCACCUACGGCAUAGUCUUCGCCUGUGGCUGCAGCUUUGCAUAUCAGCCGAGUCUGGUGAUCCUAGGUCACUAUUUCAAGCGGAGGCUGGGCCUGGUGAAUGGCAUCGUGACGGCGGGCAGUAGCGUGUUCACCAUCACGCUCCCGUACAUGCUGUCCGGCCUGCUGAAGCGCGUGGGAUUCGCCUACACGCUGCGUGUGCUGAGCGUCUUCAUGUUCAUGCUCAUGCUGGCGGGAUUUACCUACAAACCCCUGCUGCCCAAACCCGUCAGCAGCAGCAAGUCGGGCAGCCGCUGUCCUUCGCUCAGGAGGGUGUUUAACGUGCACAUCUGGAGGUCUCUGGGAUACCGCAUAUGGGCCUUUGGGAUCCCUGCGGCCCUGUAUGGAUACUUCGUGCCUUACGUUCAUCUGAUGAAGCAUGUGGAGGAGCGCUUCGGUGCGGACGCUAAUAAAGAGGUUCUGCUCACCUGUAUCGGCAUCACGUCUGGAGUGGGCCGUCUGAUCUUCGGGCGAGCGGCUGAGUGCGUCCCUGGAGUCAACCAAUUAAUUUACAACAUCGUAAUAAUUUCGGACUCAAUGUGCAAUGGCCUUAAAUCUGGCGUAGCUGAGCCGGUCGUCUGUCUGGUUUUGUGCGCAGGGUUCCUCAGAGACCGUCUGGGCAGCUAUGACGUGGCGUUUUACCUGGCAGGCAUUCCUCCGAUCAUCGGCGGGGCCGUGCUGUGCCUGAUCCCGUGGGUGGAGGCGCGGAGGAGGAGCAAGGAGGCGCAGCCGGCGACCGAAGCCACCGAGAAGAUGCUGGAGAGCAAGAGCGGCGCGCAGGUCGAGGUGAAGCCCGAAGAGCCCGAGUCCGUCAUCUGAGAGUGUUUACAGCGGACAGACAGACGUGUGUGUGUGUGUGUGUGUGUGGAGAGUCCUGAUGUGAUUUUCUAUCCCUGCAGGAACAUGCAGACUGGGCAUAAAACAGGGCUUCUCCACCUAUGUGAUUUAUGAGCUAUGCAUCUCUCAGAAAGUUUCCUUGAAUAUUUUUGUACUGAGCUU